AGAGCAGCUCCUGUGCACUGAGGAAGGGAUCACACACCGCUGCACCCAAACUAAAACAUUCCACAGCCUACUACAGCUCUCGGAAAGACUUCCUGAUAUUCUGCCAGAAUUCACGUUUCUUUACAUCAGGGACCCAUCAUGCCCAACUACAAGCUGACGUACUUCAAUCUGCGAGGAAGAGCAGAAAUCUGCCGCUACCUGUUUGCCUAUGCAGGCAUAAAGUAUGAAGACCACAGGUUGGAAGGAGCAGACUGGCCCAAAAUUAAACCAACUAUCCCAUUUGGCAAAGUUCCUAUUCUGGAAGUAGAUGGAGUGAUCAUUCACCAGAGCCUAGCAAUUGCGAGAUACCUCGCCAGAGAAUCAGGUCUGGCAGGUCAGACUCCAGUGGAGCAGGCAUUGGCUGAUGCCAUUGUGGACACCAUUGAUGAUUUCAUGAUGCUGUUCCCCUGGGCAGAGAAAAAUCAGGAUGUGAAGGAGAAAGCUUUUAAUGACAUCCUCACCAACAAGGCCCCCGAGCUGCUAAAAGAUUUGGAUACUUUCUUAGGGGACAAGAAGUGGUUUGUAGGGAAAUCUGUAACAUGGGCUGAUUUCUACUGGGAUGUGUGCAGCACAACGCUCCUGUCCUACAAAGCUGACCUGGCAGACAAGUACCCCAGGCUGUUGGCUCUCAGGGACAGAGUGGAAGCACUGCCCGCUAUUGCAGCCUGGAUCCAGAAAAGACCAAAGACAGCAAUUUAGACUGGCUGUUCAGUGGAAAAACAAAUGCAUGUUUUUUGGUUUUCAAACAUUACAAGUGUGCUAAGUUAUUAAUUUUAGAAUCAUUUAAAUUAAUUUCAGGUGAAUAUGAAGUACCAAAUCAGAAUCUAGUAGAGUAGAGCCUGGGUAGAGAUGCCAUUCCAACUGCAUUCCCUUCAUCGCUAAUAAAGCGUUUGGAAAACACGGUUAAUGUUCUGUGGGUUCUCAGAGGGAGAAAAAAUAAUAAAUAUUACUGGACAGAUAUAAUCUGAAUGAUA